AUGGCCACAAAGACAAGCACGACCGCCACCCCGGCCGCGAGCAGCAGCACAAAGCCCCCCGUCCUCAAGGCCUCCGAGGGAGCUGCCGCUCCAGCCCACGCUCGUACCCACCGUCCAAAGUCCAGCCCGAAGCUCGGAGUCUUCCGCUGCAUCAAGCCCGUCUGGACAGGCGUCGAGAAGCGCCCGCAGCCGACAAGACGACCCAGCACGGCGCAGCUCCUGCAGGUGUCGGACCCGCGCGCCGACCGGUACCCGGAGGACUCGACCGGGAGCACGCGCCGCCCCGUGACGGCGCACAUGGCCGACGUGCUGCACACGGCGCAGGUGCACUCGCGGCGGCUGGUCGGCGAGAACAUGCGACGGGCGGCGGCCGAGGCGGCGGGGCCGUCGCCGUACGCGGCUGGCGGCGCCGGCAAGGGACGGGAUGCGUGGAUGGGCGGACCGCACGGCUUCGCAACACGGCGGCCCUGGGCCCGGUUCUGGUACGGCGGUGGAGUGGGCGACCCCGAGGUGGCCGCCGCGUGGGAUGAGGCGUUUGGGCUGGGAAAAGGGGGUUGCACCUGUCACGACAAUCUGGACGAUGAGGAGGGCGAUGAGGAGGAGGAGGAGGAGGAGGAGGAGGAAGACGACAAAGAAGUCAGCGACGAUUCCGGACUGAGGAUGAAGAGCAAACAGUGA